CUGUCGUCGCAUGAACGCCUACCUCUCCCGUUAUCGUAGACAAAAAGGGAAGUUGGAGGGCGUGUCUAACGCAUAUAAAAAGACAGGUGUCACAGUAAUUAUUGCAGUAGGAGGGACAACGAGACAAUGGUUCCACAUUGACAAAACAUCAAACAAUAUUCAGGUAUUUACAUGUAACUUACAUAUUUUGUGUAAUUAUAACAAUAAUAAAACUUUAGAAAAUAAAUUAUUUACAAGACGUAAUUGACCCUGUUACACUCGCAUCUGUUUCCGGCGGCGGCCCCUGGAGUGUCGCGGAGUUGGCGGGGCAACUUUCUCCGCCCGUGACGUGUUGGCGACGCCGGGAGAAACUCACCGAGGUGACCCGCUCCUCCCCUUCCUCACAAAAAGUAACCGCAGCAGCAAGUACAUGGCGGCACUUGGACUCGGCGCCUUCUUUUCUUUUUUAAUGACCAGUCAAGAGUGACGGCUUACCGUUCCAGUUCCCGUUCCCGGUGACGGUGCUCCGCGCUCUUUAGCCGGCGAUGGGCACCGUGACUUCCGCCCUGACGCGGACGCGACACGCUCUGGUCAAAGUGGGCUCGGAGCCGCAGAGUCACGACCCGGAGAGGAGCCAGUCCGCGCCCGAGUCUGCGCGGGUCCGGAAGAGGAGCGGACUCUUCCACGUCCCCGGCCAAGCAGCGCGACACAUUUCCCGCCAGUCGGUGCUGAGCCGGCAGGAUUUGGACGGAACCAAAAAGUCAGGAGCGGCCCAGCCCGGCGUGGCCAAUGAGGACGGAGAGAGCUCAACUCAACCGCAUGCCGGUUUUGCACGCUCCAAAUCUCAGAGCGCCCUUUGGAACGCCAUCACAGCUGGGAUGGGGAUCAAAGGCAAAGAGCAGAAGCCCCCUCGAAGUCCCGAGGAGAUUCUGGCUGAUGAGCUUCCUGCCACAGACGAAGCAGAUGUGUCUGAGAAAACCGCCAUCAGGCGCAAGUACAAGAAGACGUCCCAGAGAUUAAGAUGUCUGGUCAAGCAGCUGGAGAGAGGAGAGGCUUCCUUGGCCGACCUCAAGAAGAACUUGGAGUACGCGGCGUCUGUGUUGGAGUCGGUCUACAUCGAGGAAACCAGGCGCCUGGUGGACACAGAGGAUGAGCUCAGCGACAUCCAGUCCGAGUCGGUACCCUCCGAGGUGCGCGACUGGCUGGCCUCCACCUUCACCCGGCAGAUGGGUUUGAUGCUGCGACGCAAUGAGGAGAAACCUCGCUUCCGCAGCAUCGUCCAUGCCGUCCAGGCUGGGAUUUUUGUGGAAAGGAUGUACCGCCGCACCUCCAACUUGGUGGGACUCAGCUACCCCCCCUCCGUUAUAUCUGUGCUCAAGAAUGUCGACAAGUGGUCAUUUGACGUGUUCGCUCUCAACGAAGCCAGCGGCGACCACGCGCUUAAGUUCAUUUUCUACGAGCUGCUCACCAGAUACGACCUCAUCAGUCGCUUCAAGAUCCCAAUUUCUGCAGUGGUGUCUUUUGUGGAGGCUCUGGAAGUGGGCUACAGCAAGCAUAAAAACCCUUACCACAACUUGAUGCAUGCUGCUGACGUCACACAGACUGUGCACUACUUGCUGCUGAAGACUGGCAUGGUGCACUGGUUAACCGAGCUGGAGAUCUUUGCCAUGAUCUUCGCAGCAGCUGUGCACGACUACGAGCACACGGGGACCACCAACAACUUCCACAUUCAGACCAGGUCGGACACGGCCAUCCUGUACAACGACCGCUCGGUGUUGGAGAGCCACCACGUGAGCGCCGCCUACCGCCUGCUGCAGGACGACGACGAGAUGAACAUCCUCUACAACCUCUCCAAGGACGACUGGAGAGAGCUGAGAGCUUUGGUGGUGGAAAUGGUUCUGGCCACCGACAUGUCCUGUCACUUCCAGCAGGUGAAGGCCAUGAAGAACUUCCUGCAGCAGCCUGAGGGCAUUGACAAGCCCAAAGCUCUUUCCUUACUGCUGCACACCGCCGACAUCAGCCACCCGGCCAAAAGUUGGGACCUCCACCACCGCUGGACCACUUCUCUGCUGGAGGAGUUCUUUCGACAGGGGGACAAAGAAGCAGAGCUCGGCCUUCCUUUCUCGCCGCUCUGCGACAGGAAGUCAACGAUGGUGGCGCAGUCGCAGAUUGGCUUCGUGGACUUCAUCGUGGUGCCCACCUUCACCGUGCUGACGGACAUGAUGGAACGCAUCGUCACGCCUCUCAUGGACGAGGCCUCGCACUCGGGUCUCGCGGGCUUCCGGCGCUCCAGUCUGAACAGUAUUAGCACGGAGGAUGGCAAGAGGCACAGCGUGAAGAGCACGGGGUCAGACAGCUGCUCGUCAGGUCAGGGCUCUCUGCUGUCCAUGGACAUGAAGAACUUCAAGGCGCUGUGGAACGAAGAAGUCUAUCAGAACAGAGAGCGGUGGAAAGCCCAGGCUGCCAAAGAGGCGGAGGAGCGAGCGAAAAAAGAAGCGGAGGAGCGAGCCCAUCAGGAGGAGUCUAUGGACCCCCAAGAGGACCACUCAGAGUCCUCACAGCGACCUGAGACCACAGACGGCAAGCAGGAGCAGGAUGUGGAGUCCAAGCAGGACGUAAGCGCAUCGCCUGCCACUGAAGGCACACCACCAGCACCACCACCGGGGGGCGCUGCCGCACUCAAGAGUCCCUCACUGCAGAACGGAGAGUCUCCUGACAGCAUCGACUGUGCAGCAAGUAAAGAGAGCAGAAACACAGCAGCCGAUGCUCAUGUUGCCAUGGACUAAAGGAAGACUGGACGGGAACCACAGACUCCAAGCACCAGAUGGGGGAAAGCCAUCCUUUGGACUUUGUCGCCCCCUGCAGGAAGCCGACACACUGACACCCUUCUGUUCCUGCGUGUGCUGUUCAAUCUGUUCUGCAGGCUUGUUAGACAUUCACAAGUGAGUUUCAAAAGUUAUUACAUGUCAAGUGAAGAUGGAGAUGGGAAGAUGUUUGGUAGCAGCCAUGCUUUCAAAGGACGCAAGGAGGGAGAAGGUGAUCAUGCAUUUUGUCCUUUUCCACUCCUGCCUUCCUUUCACCUCGUCUCCUCUUUUCACACACUCAUGCAUUCACACACCUUUGUGUUGACCUUAUUUCUAUAUGGCUUGUACGUGUGUGUGUGUGUGUGUGUGUGUGUGUGUGUGUGUGUGUGUGUGUGUGUGUGUGUGUGUGUGUGUGUGUCACUCUUCUUGAUGCCUUCUUUUGAGUUGUUGUCGUCUCCUCCAUCCUUGCUGUCAUCCAUCUGAGGUGUUGCACAUCUAGGAUGCAAAUGAUGCUAACGAUGUACGUGUAACAUCGUCAAACACCUGCUGUAGUUGUCAAUGUAAAUAUAUAAUCAUGGGGGAAAAGGAAAAUAGCAUUUUAGCAGUAUUUGCAUUACAAACCACAUGUUGUCCCUAUAACUGUGCAAUUUUAGUUAUUAUUUUGCUGGCGUAUAGCGCCAAGAUUUCGGCAUGUAAUGUGGUUGUUUUGAUAUAUGUUUUAAUAUAUAUGUAUGUGUAAGUUAUAUAUGUAUAUAUAAUGUAUAUAUGUAUGUAUGUAUAUAUACUGUACAUAUAUAUAAAUGUAUGUAUACAUAUACAAUAUAUAUAUACAUAUAUAUGUAUAUAUACACUGUAUAUGUAUGUACAUAUAUAUAUAUGUGUGUGUGUGUUUGUGUGUAUGUAUAUAUGUAUAUGUGUGUAUAUACUGUAUGUAUAUAUACAUAUACAGUAUAUAUAUACAUAUAUAUACUGUAUAUGUAUGUACAUAUAUAUAUGUGUGUGUAUGUGUUUAUGUGUAUGUAUAUAUGUAUUUGUGUGUAUAUAUGUAUAUAUACAUAAACAGUAUAUAUAUACAUAUAUAUAUACUGUAUAUGUAUGUACAUAUAUAUAUAUAUAUAUAUAUAUAUAUGUGUGUUUGUGUGUAUGUGUAUAUGUGUGUAUAUAUGUAUGUAUAUAUAUAUGUAUGUAUAUAUAUGUGUAUUUGUACAUAUAUGUAUAUAUGUAUGUGUAAAUAUAUGUAUAUAUAUAUGUGUGUAUAUAUACAUAUAUAUAUAUAUAUAUAUAUAUGUAUGUGUGUAUACUUAAUUUAACUACAUUUUUAUGAUUAGGAAUUACAGACAGAACCUUUUUUUUUCUUCUGUUGAGUACACACGCAGUCAUUUUUUAUAAGACAUAAUGUGCUGUUGUUACUGUACCAGUUGUGUGUGUGUGUGUGUGUGUGUGUGUGUGUGUGUGUGUGUGUGUGUGUGUGUGUGUGUGUGUGUGUGUGUGUGUGUGUGUGUGUGUGUGUGUGUGUAGUGUGUCCACGCUACAUUGUACCUGCAGCCCCGCUGACUGCCUGCGUGCCUCUGACAUGAACUUUCACUUUCACUUUCACUUUCCCCCAGUCACUUCAUGUUGGUUUUUAUCAGUUUGUUGUGCAGUUUUUUUGUCUCUCUUUGUGUCUUUUCCUUGUUUCCUCCAACUUAUCGCCUUGUUUUUGGGGCCGACUGUUGUUGAUUUUCUACACUGAAAGAUGAUUUAGAACAAACACACAAGUUGUGAAGUCACUUUUUUUCCCCCUGUGUAAUCUUCCAGACGCUCCCGUGCAGCUACCUAGCACACACCUGUCUUCUGCUUGCAGCUACCUAGCAUACACACACCUGUCUUCUGCUUGCAGCUACCUAGUAUACACACACCUGUCUUCUGCUUGCAGCUACCUAGCAUACACACACCUGUCUUCUGCUUGCAGCUACCUAGCACACACCUGUUUUCUGCUUGCAGCUACCUAGUAUACACACACCUGUCUUCUGCUUGCAGCUACCUAGCAUACACACACCUGUCUUCUGCUUGCAGCUACCUAGUAUACACACACCUGUCUUCUGCUUGCAGCUACCUAGCAUACACACACCUGUCUUCUGCUUGCAGCUACCUAGCACACACCUGUUUUCUGCUUGCAGCUACCUAGUAUACACACACCUGUCUUCUGCUUGCAGCUACCUAGCAUACACACACCUGUCUUCUGCUUGCAGUUAUCUAGCAUACACACACCUGUCUUCUGCUUGCUGCACUUAAAACACUCUGCUGUUGCUUGCUUGGUCCAGGGUGAAAGAGUUCAUCUGGACUUUGAUAUGCACCGGACAUGCGCUUGGAAGUCAACUCUGGCUCGGUUCAGUUGGCUUGAAACCAAAGACACGAACCAGUGUUACUGUUAGGAUUUGAUCAAGGAGUGCAGAGUUGGGAGGCGAGGUUGAAUUACAAAAAUUUAGCAAUUUAAUGAGUCCAAAAAGUUUAACCAAAGGCGAUGGGGCAGAAGUGCACACCAUGAAAAAACUAAUAUAAGAAGGUCUCUCAUUGGUCAGCAGGGGAGAUGACCAGGACGCCCUGAGCAAAAGCAAAGGCUCCAACAAAAAAAUCCUCUUUAACUCAGGGGAGCUAGGGAGCAAACACAAGAAGUGAGGAUUUGUAAGAGUAAGGAGAGACAACGUACAAGGCAAGACAAAGCGAAUCAGGCAUGUGCACGUGGGAGGUGCAGGAGACAAUAACCGGCAGGGACCAGCUGACGGUGACGAGCUUAAAUACUAGCGGGUAGCGAUAUGUUGCAGGUGUGCCUCACUGGUGACUAAUUGACUGAAGAAAAAAUUAACACAAAAAAUAAAGAGAAGGCAGGGAAAUGACAAAAACACAACAGUUACAUUUAAAAGAGGGCAUUACAUUUUAGAAUAGAAUAGAAAUGAUUUUAUUGAUCCCUGGGGGGAAUUCAACUGGGGCAAACGUACUCAACCUACAAUUGAUGAGCUCCAAGCUGAACAAAGAUAAAUCAUUUUCCUUUGAUUUCACUUCAUCCCAAAAUCUAAAAAAACCAGACAAACAAAAGAGUGUAGUGCUCUGUCCUUGUAUUGCACUCCAGCAUGUAUUGUGGGAGGGUUGCGGCAUGCGGAUAGCGCCAUACUGGAACCAGAAGCACUGAUGUGCACCUGAGCUCUGACGUAAACAUUCAUUCUGGGAGAGCAGCUCGGCAGAACAAACCUUUCUGCCUUCCACUCUUCAUACCGUAUUUCCUUGAAUUGCCGCCGGGGCGCUAAUUAAUUUAAAUUAAUUUAAAACCUCUUCUUGCUCCGGCGCUUACCAAAGGCAUGCUGUAAAUUUAGGCCUGCGCUUAUAAAUUUGAGUGUGAUGUAAGGAUACCAUCAUGAAAAGCACAUUUAAUUAAAAAAUGUUUAUUAUGGUCUUACCUUUACUUAUAAAUGAAGUCCAUGCGCAGCUCCUUCUGAUCAAAAGCAUCGAUAACUUGUUUAUAGAAGUCUUCCUUAUCUUUCUUCAGUUUUAAAAGUCUCUCUGUCUCGAUGGAGAUCUUCCUUUAUUACCUCCUGCUUCGAUUGAAAGUCCAGUUUAGAAAACUGUUUUAUUUUAGAUAUGUAAUCCUCCAUGUUAAAAGUGCAAGCGAGAGGAAAAAAUAAACUCUUGCUGCUUGUUGUCACUUCUUCUGCAGCCGAGUAGUCGCAAGAAGGAUCACUAGCGCCCUCUACCACCAGGAGGCGGGAGUCAUUUAUUGACUCCUAUUUGACACACGCAGCUACGGUAUAUUAAUAAAACAUAGCUGCUUACUGUUCUUUUUAGCCUAUUCAAUAGCUUGGACCUUAAAUCCUACUGAAUAGCUCUUAAUCUUCUUCCCUUUAUGCGAUUUCAAAUGAUUGAAAUCAGCCUCCUCCAUUUUGAAAAUGAUGACAGGUGAAGUGUCACUCGUGACGUGACGAGUUUGACCCGGCGGAAAUUCUAGACAUGCGCUAAUAAAAAUAAUAUUUUGCAAAACGAGUUUGACCCGGCAGUAAUUCUAGGCAGGCGCAUACUAUACUGUAUACCCGGCGGCAAUUCAAGGAAAUACGGUAGCCUAAUUUUAGUUAUCAACUGAUGAAUUGAUGUAGUUUUAGUCAGCGAAAAUUACAGUCAAUUUAGUCGACUACAAUAUAAAGUAUAAAAGAUUUGGCCUCUUUGAAGUUUAUUUGAAAGCACAUUUAUUUCGACUGCCUGCAAACUAUUUGUUUCAAACAAAAGUGCAGUUUGUCAUUUUUUUGCUGCAUAGGUCAAUGCCAACUAAUAUCUUUCAGGGGGGGUUUCCCCCCCCCCAAUUUUUGAAUGCAACAUCAGUGGCAAAGCAAAUGGGGUGGAAAGUUUCCGGUAAAUUGCCGGAAAUUUACCACGGGAAGUUAAACUCAGGAAGUUUGGAAAUAUUGACCAUUUUUAGUGAGCAGGUUGUGUGUUGACUUUCUUUGUUGGUUAGAGUUCACUUGUACGCUGAGUCUGCGAUGAGGUGGCGAUUUGUCCAGGGUGUACUGCGCCUUCCGCCCGAUUGUAGCUGAGAUAGGCACCCCAAAGGGAAUAAGCGGUAGAAAAUGGAUGGAUGGAUGUAUGCUGAGUGGGAAAGUUGUUUGGAUUGGCUCAAACAAACUCUGCUCUCCAUUAUUGCAAAUAACAUGCAAGCUUAUUCAGUCUAAGUACUAAUUUCGUCCACACGGGGGCGGCAGAACUGCAGGGAAAAAGUUGUCCAGUGUAUUGAAGUGGGGCCAAAGAUGCCAGGGGCCACAAUCUUCUUGUUCAACUUCAACUUGGCCUGGGUGUCAAAGUUUGGUCAUCCCUGCUGGAAAUGAAAGAGUGAUGCUAUUAAUGAGAUUGUCAAGGACUGUUAUUCAUCCAAUCUUGAUGUGAUAAAGAUGUUUUUAAAUAAAUAACUUCCAGGGCACAGCUGACUGUUUAAAAGUACUUUUUGUAAAAUAUAAGAUUGUAAAAAUAGCAUGAUGUAAAAAAUAAUCGACACAUUUAAAGGGGAACUGCACUUUUUUUAAUUUUUUUGCCUAUCCAUCCAUUUUUCUACCCUUUGUUUUUUCGAAAGUUUGGUCAAAGUAAGACGGGGGUCGGCAAUUGUUGCAAAUAGCGCCGCCCUACUGGCUCCUAAAAAUCUAUGACAAUGGAAAAAAUAUUAUUUUUGUUUUAAUAUUGUUUUUGUCAGAGAGCAAACAUGACACAAACCUUCCUCCAUCCAUCCAUUUUUUUUUUUACUGCUUGUCCCUUUUGGGGUUGCAGGGGGUGCUGGUGCCUAUCUCUGCCGCAUUCGAGCAGAAGGUGGGGUACACGCUGGACAAGUCGCCACCUCAUCACAGGGCCAACACAGAUAGACAACAUUCACACACCAGGGACCAUUUAGUGUGUAAUUGUCAGAAAUGCCACAGUUUCUAUGAAACAUGCGUCACUGAUUCGAGUAUUUGGCCAACACCGUUUUGUCCUACUAAUUUCAGCGAUCCUUGAACACACCGUAGUUUGUUUACAUGUACAACUUUCUCCGACGCUGCCACAGAAAGACGUGUUUUAUGCCACUCCUCGUUCGUCUCAUUUUGUCCAACAAACGUUUUAUGCUGUGCGUGAAUGCACAAAGGUGAGCUUUGUUGAUGUUAUUGACUUGUUGGAGUGCUAAUCAGACAUAUUUGGUCACUGCAUGACUGCAAGCUAAUCGAUGCUAACAUGCUAUUUAUGUACAUAUUGCAUCAUUAUGCCUCAUUUGUAGCUAUAUUUGAGCUCAUUUAAUUUUCACUUGAAAUAUAAUAUUACUUUAUGUUUAUGUUUACCAAACUUUGUUUAAAGGACAGCAUUAGCUCCAAUUGCGAAAUAAUUGUGCUUUGCUAUUCCUGUCUGGACCAUAGACAACAAAUACUUGCUAGACAAUUUGAAAUGAUUAUUUUUACAUAGUAUUUCCUCCUUGAAUGUGGCCCAACUUCUUUUUUUUUUUUUUCCAAACAUGAUGUCAUCGUCCCCCCAGAAGGGAAAAGCGGUAGAAAAUGAAUGGAUGAUGUCAGUGCAUAGCUCCAGUUAUGGUAAAGGUUUACACCAAGGGCUUGCGCGAGUCCGCCAUUUUAGUCCGACUUAGUGGUCAAUCAUCAAUCAAUCAAUGUUUAUUUAUAUAGCCCUAAAUCACAAAUGUCUCAAAGGGCUGCACAAACCACUACGACAUCCUCGGAAGAACCCACAUAAGGGCAAGGAAAACUCACACCCAGUGGGACGCCAGUGACAAUGAUGACUAUGAGAACCUUGGAGAGGACCUCAUAUGUGGGCAACCCCCCCUAGGGGACCGAAAGCAAUGGAUGCCGAGCGGGUCUAACAUGAUACUGUGAAAGUUCAAUCCAUAGUGGCUCCAACACAGCCUCGAGAGUUCAGUUCAAAGUGGAUCCAAGACAGCAGCGAGAGUCCCAUCCACAGGAAACCAUCCCGAGCGGAGUCGGAUCAGCAGCAUAGAGAUGUCCCCAACCGAUACACAGGCGAGCGGUCCAUCCUGGGUCCCGACUCUGAACAGCCAGUACUUCAUCCAUGGCCAUCGGACCGGACCCCCUCCACAAGGGAGGGGGGGACAUAGGAGAAAAAGAAAAGAAACGGCAGAUCAACUGGUCUAAAAAGAGAGUCUAUUUAAAGGCUAGAGUAUACAGAUGAGUUUUAAGGUGAGACUUAAAUGCUUCUACUGAGGUAGCAUCUCGAACUGUUACCGGGAGGGCAUUCCAGAGUACUGGAGCCCGAACGGAAAACGCUCUAUAGCCCGCAGACUUUUUUUGGGCUUUAGGAAUCACUAAUAAGCCGGAGUCCUUUGGACGCAGAUUUCUUGCCGGGACAUAUGGUACAAUACAAUCGGCAAUAUAGGAUGGAGCUAGACCGUGUAGUAUUUUAUACGUAAGUAGUAAAACCUUAAAGUCACAUCUUAAGUGCACAGGAAGCCAGUGCAGGUGAGCCAGUAUAGGUAUAUAUGUAUGUAUAUAUGUAUAUAAAGGUAUAUACAGUAUAGGUAUAUAUGUAUGUAUAUAUGUAUAUAAAGGUAUAUACAGUAUAGGUAUAUAUGUAUGUAUAUAUGUAUAUAAAGGUAUAUACAGUAUAGGUAUAUAUGUAUGUAUAUAUGUAUAUAAAGGUAUAUACAGUAUAGGUAUAUAUGUAUGUAUAUAUGUAUAUAAAGGUAUAGACAGUACAGGCGUAAUAUGAUCAAACUUUCUUGUUCUUGUCAAAAGUCUAGCAGCUGCAUUUUGUACCAACUGUAAUCGUUUAAUGCUAGACAUGGGGACAAGUCAACAAGUUCCUUCUUUUUAUCCAUCCUCUUGUUGUGGGGCAGACUGGCCCUCUAAUACAAAGUGGCGAUUUGGAGACACGUAAAUGAAACGCGGCGUCCGUCAGGAGGCGUUUUGAGGAUGACGCGUUAAACAAAAGUCUAUGCAAAAGUUUGACCAAAGAAGCAGCAUGACACGUCGUGUAGACCUCCAGGGAGUCUUUGAAAUGUCAAAUACAGAUCAUAACAUGACCCCUUUAAAGGGUUUGUCAUUUAAAAAGUGCUCCUCAUUGAAAGUCAAGUCAAUUAAAGUGCACCAGAGUUGACUUGCAGGCCGACCGAAGUUGUGAUGAUGGCGUCCACAAAGGUAGUGACGGAGCAAACGCUGCACGGUUGCUUUUAGCUGCAGCAGAGACCCCGCCUUCCGCUCUUCUCCGUGUGGUGUUUGUAACAAGUCUUCUUAGAGGACUUGUAGUUCCUCCAUCUUGUCUCUUGUCCUCUUUCUGAUCUCACCGCUGAACACUUUCAGCUCAGACAAAUGUAAACAUUUAAAUUGUAUUUCUGAUCUCCUCACUGUGACCUGUUUUGUGUGUGCGUGUGUGUGUGUGUGUGUGUGUGUGUGUGUGUGUGUGUGUGUGUGUGUGUGUCACUGUUCCGUUGUGCCACCAUGCUAUGUGACUGCACUGCUGUAUCAAUAAAGUGGACUCAAAGGGCUCA